AUGGUGUCUCUACCCUCUGUCGAGUCUCAUACUCGCGCUGCUAUCAAAUCACUCUUCGCCUUCCUUCAUGCCCAGGGCCAGGGCGACUAUCUCGGUGAACAAAUCACGCAACUAGAGCACUCUCUUCAGUGUGCCAAUCUCGCGCGUCAAUCUCCGAAGUAUGGCAAUGACAAGGAAGUCGUCCUCGCGGCGUUGCUGCACGAUGCUGGACGAUUCAUCCCCGCGGCUGAGAAGAUGGGAAGUAUGGUUACGCCGGAUGGGAGGUACAUUGGACGUCAGAGUCAUGAAGUCCUCGGAGAGUCUUAUCUUCGAGAUUUGGGGUUUAGUGAGAAGAUUUGUCAACUGGUGGGUGCCCAUGUUAUGGCCAAGAGGGAUUUGGUUUCGACGGACCAGAGCUAUUAUGAUGGGUUGAGUGAAACCAGUAAGCGGACAUUUGUGUAUCAGGGAGGAGUUUUUGCACCAGAGCAAAUCCAGGAAGCACAAAAGGAUCCGCUCCUUGAAGCCAAACUUGCCGUCAGACGGUGGGACGAUUCAGCAAAAGCAGCAGACACCGUAGUUCCACCGUUAAAGGACUAUGAAGAUAUGGCAUAUCAAUGUCUCCUCGAAUCCAGAUCUAAAUUCACCCUGCACUCAAGAGAGUAUCACCUCCCCAAAGGACCAACAGUCGUGGUUUGCAUUGAUGGAUUCGAUCCAGAGUAUCUCAAUUCCGGCAUUCAAUCUGGGAUUCUGCCAACCUUCAAAUCCUUCGUGGAUCAGGGAUUCCAUGCCACUGCCAAAAGUUGUAUGCCGUCAUUCACCAAUCCCAACAAUGUUUCCAUCAUUACUGGAGCCCCGCCGUCAGCCCAUGGGAUUGCAGGAAACUUCUUCCUAGAUCGAGAAACGGGAAAAGAAACCAUGAUUACAGAUGACUCGUUGCUGCGAGGUUCUACUCUCCUCGAACAAAUGUCCCGGCGAGGUGUGCGAGUAGCUGCCAUUACGGCCAAAGAUAAGCUGCGAAAGAUUCUUGCCCACGGCUUGCAAGAUGCGAUAUGCUUCUCGGCAGAGCGGGCAGCUAGUUGCAACCUAGAAGAAAAUGGUAUCACAGACGUCGAGGCUUGGAUUGGUCGACCUGCUCCCAGUCAAUACUCGGGCGACUUGUCCCUGUUUGUGCUAGACGCUGGGAUCAAGUUGCUAGAAGAGAAAAGAUCCGACUUCUUGUACUUGACGCUUUCCGAUUAUAUUCAGCAUAAACAUGCCCCAGGAAGUAAAGAGUCUGACCAUUUCAUGAAGGCUAUCGACGAGCGAUUGCAGAAGCUUUCUGCUUUUGCCCCGAUCAUCGGAGUCACUGGUGACCACGGCAUGAGCCAAAAGUCCAAUGCAGCCGGUGAGCCAAAUGUUCUCUUCCUCGAGGAUGUGUUAAACGAAAGAUUUGGCCCUGGUGCAUCAAGAGUCAUCUGCCCCAUUACAGAUCCAUUUGUUCGACAUCAUGGUGCUCUUGGUUCGUUUGUUCGGGUCUACCUCAAAGAUUCAAUACAGCUCGAGCCGAUGCUCUCUUUUUGCCAGUCACUUCCGGAUAUCGAGAAUGCUCUGGGCGGAAAUGAAGCAGCACAGAAGUAUGAAAUGCCAUUAGACCGGGAAGGCGAUAUCGUUGUCAUUUCAAAGUCUCAUGCAGUCAUCGGAAGUCGCGAAUCUGAACACGACCUAUCUAAAGUGAAAGACCACCCUCUACGCUCACAUGGUGGUCUGAGCGAGCAGAAUAUUCCAGUUAUCAUGUCCAAGCCGGUGCAAAGUCUUCGAGCUUCCGAGUUGAGGAGUUGGAGAAACUAUGACAUUUUCGAUCUUGUGCUCAACUGGCACUCUUGA